CGAUAAACUUUAAUUGCCUAGAAUAUUUACGAAAUCAUACAAAAGUGUUUUUAUUGAGAAGGGAUUAUGGAAUAUCGACAAAUAAAAGAAUACUGUAUAAACACCCACGAGACUAAACGCUUUAAAAGGUUUCGAACAAGCACAGUCAACUCAGCUGAUCGACCCACGUAUUGGAACUGCGCCUCGACAAUGCGACACCGUCUCGAUUCAUCGUUUAGUGUCUGAUAAAGCGUGGCCCUCUGAAACUCUGCUUUUAUCUCUAGAGAUUAUUUAAUAGCUGUACUGCGGAAUGUUCGGUCACUCGACGUCACUGUCCAUACGAGUUUUAUCAUUGUAAACGCUAUCGCCGGUGAAUUAAAAUCCUUGUGCGACGAACGAUCAAUAAACGGCUCCCGGGGAUUUCCAGUCGGCCGAGCGGCUACGAACGCUCUCUCACGUGAGAUCAGGAAUAGCUGUUAAAGGGACCACGUGUUCCUACGAGUUCCCGGUACGUGUUCGCGCAUAUGUCUAAAUAAUUGCACACAAAACGGUACUAGUAACCGUGUGACAGAAGCUGAUAACGCAAACAAUUUCUAGAUAAGCUUGAUAUAGUAUCGUUUUUUGUUAAAUCUCCGAAAGUUGAUCGUGAAAACCUGUGUUCAAAAUGAUUCCUUGUUACGUGUACGUUACGACCUUCUAUCGCGAUGACUUGAUAAGCGUUGAACAAUAGUAGAGUUUAGUCGACUAAGCGCCUACUUUGGUGCCGCUGGACUAACAUUAUCGAAAAUAUCCGACCAGCGCAGAGAGUCCUAAAAUGGUACGUUAAAUUCGCGCGCCAACUUCGAUUGGCUGAUCAACUUGUCUGUCGUUGAAAGUUUCAAUUGACCACGUUGUUUGAGACAGUGAUGUAUAACUGAGUGUGAUAGACUCUUAUUUUAUUGCCAUGAAUAAGGGACUGUAAACGCGGUUAAUUCUCUUGUAACUAGUUAUAAGGAAAAUGUGUUCUGUGUUUGAAAAUUUGAAAAGGGGAAGUUAUUAGAGGAGACAAAAUGUAAAAAUAGGGGUAGAUGAUGAGCUAUCAGUGUAUUUGGAAAUUUAUAUAAAUAGAAGUUCGUCCAACUGGCAAUAUAAUGAGAGACUGUUGUAGUAGCCUGUAGACGCUUUAGAGAUGUAAACUUUUUUCUCUCACACUAUGACAGCCACCUGCCCAUCACUGUUUAGAACACUUGUUGCUCGCCCAGCUGAGUGACUUAAAUUUUGAUUUGUCAGGGCACGGCAUCGUUUCGACCCUCUUGCAUUUCGUACGUGUGCGUGAAACGAUUACGAACUCGCGUAACGACGCUAAUAGAAAACAAACGUGUAGGUGUAUUGACACGAGCGAGUAAAGUUAACACUACAUUGUAAAUUGCCGCGGUACCGUCCGAUUACUUUGAACUCGUUCCUUCAGUUUGGCUCAAGAAAUUGAACUCGGCGUGAUUCGAGUUACUUCGUAAAUCACGAUAAUUAAUCUCUCUGUUCCACUUCUGGAAGUAGUGAUUGAUGUUCUGUGCAUUGUUCUUUUGCGGCAGCGAGCGCGUAGACGUGAUAUUCUUGAGUUAUAAUACGCUCCUCGAAUCGCGUCGAUUUGAAUCCAUUGUAACGUCGACCAUAUCGAAUGCGGUACAAAAGAAAUCUGGCGAUUUGUUAGUUAUCCAUUAACGUCCAAUUGGAACACAUAGAAAUAGUUUGUUAAGGACAGACGGACUGUUAUGUGGCGGAUCGUAGGGUGUAUAAUAUGCGAGACAGCGUACUAGUCUUUUCACUAGCAUGGAUUCUUUUUGCCACUCAACUAGGAUUAUGCGGCAAACUCGAACGGGUUGCUCAACAACAGAACAACGUGCUGGACGAUUACUAUGCCUACCGCCACAUCUCUAUCGUACACUUCUACAUACCGGACUACACUGUCACGGCUGCGUUCAAGUUCAUCGCAAAAGAAGAAAAAACAGGAGGAAUAGGUAACUGUGCAUCGCGCAAUGUCUCUCUAUUUCUGAAGUCCGGUAGUUUACCGUUCGUGACGCCCGAUGGGUCAAAGAUAACGGCAAAGCUGAUGAAAAGAAGACGCCGAUACUACUCCCUCGAUAUGGAAAGCAAUGGCGACGAAUAUAGGAUUACAAUCGAAGCACCUUCGCCAGGUGACUGGUACGCCAUCGCUUUUCGAACUUGGAGCGAUCCUGACAACGGGAAAAUCACUCAGCAAGGUCUUGGCGCAUCCUGCGACACGGUACUAAAUGCAGAGCUGCUCUUGGAGUCCGCCUCGCUGGUGUCACCGAUGGACCCAAAGUCAGAGUACAAAGUACACAUGAACGAAAGCGUAGACUCCGCCGUGAUGCAGCUGUUCAUCCCCGACGAAUUCGUAGACUCUACUUUAUCCUUGAAAUCGAGCUGCGGCGACGAGUGUCAAAUCGCGGUUCACGUUACUGCCGAUGAUCACCUCGUGGGAACGAUCGUGAACUCCACAAAUGCAACCAUGUUCUUCAAGCCUUAUUCGGAUGCGUUCCACUUCGUGACACUGCGUUUGCUCUCGGGAGAAUCGUCGGACGUGUUCUUGCAAUUGAUCGACGACUCACCUUCUGACUCGAGUCAGGUGAAGUCAGUGGACCUGAUGAGAAAAUCCUUGCCAGAUUUCUUCCUCUUCGACUAUGAGCAUCUGCGAGAGAACGCUACGAAACCGUCGGCCUUCAAUCUUACUUCGGACACGUUGUCUGUUCUCAGUUUUGAGAUUGGUAGAAUAUAUGAUGUCGGUGGAACGUUGACUUUGGGAAUCAAGCUGGUUGAUGAGAAGGAGAAGAGGAACGUUGUUGUGGCUGCGUGUAUUUCAUUAGGUUACUACUCGAACAUCACUGCCGGAGGAGGCUGUGCUCGAAUGGAGAACAUAACCGCAGCCGACAUUUACGUGAACUCAACAGGACCAGCCGCGCUUCACGUCCCGUUUCCAGAACCGGGUAUCUGGCACGUGAGCCUGAAAGCGUUCUGCCUGGAGGAGAGUUGCCACUGCAUCGAAACUUGUAUGAACGAGACCCUUUGCGAGUACUGCGACUGUAUGACUCCCUGUGACGCCAGAGUGGAGAGCCUAAUCUCUUCGUCGCCGUGUAUCGAAGGUCGUUGCAAUUCGCGAGGAAAAUGCAUGCACUACAUGAGCGGAGGAUUCGUGUUCGCCGCGUGUCACUGUUCCGGUGCUUAUCGAGGCUUCGACUGCGCGGAUGACACUUACGUCCUCAGCAACAGUGACAUCAUCGUCCGCGUGGCGUUGUUGACCUUUAGCAACCUUGCGUUCAUCGGUUCGGUGUAUGUCGCGAUACGCAGAGAGUACUUCACCGAAGCCAUCGUUUACGCAGCGGUGAUGUUCUUCUCCACGUUUUAUCACGCUUGCGAGGCUGGUGAAGACGUCUACAGCGUGUGCAUCAUGAGGCUGAGCGUGCUGCAGUUCUGCGACUUCUUCAAUGCUCUGUUGUCCAUCUGGGUGACGCUGGUGGCGAUGGCCUCGUUCGGACCGAAGCUCACCGCUUUUUGUCAAAUAACUGGCGCCGUGGUCCUCGCUAUGAGCGCUGAGAUGGAUCGUACGGCGCUAUGGGUGUUCCUUCUGCCAGCCAUAAGCGGCUCCGCUUUGAUUGGACUCUCUUGGGGAUUGAGGUGCAAGAGGAGGGGCACUGUUCGGUAUCCAUUGCGUCCUUAUAGAAACAUUUAUUUUCCGGCUGGUCUCCUUCUAGUCUCUCUCGGCCUGGUCUGCUACGCAUUCCUGCAAACGCGAAAGAAUUACUACAUCAUUCACAGUCUGUGGCACGUGUGUGUCGCCAUAGGAGUCAUAUUACUUUUACCUAAGCGGCAGUACAUGAAAUGAUUGUUACAUAAAAAUCGUACCUUCGUAGCGAAAGUUAUUGAAUCCUAAUUAGAAAGAGAAGUUCGUUCACAACGGAUACAAAAAUGUUUAAUGGUGCUCGCAGGCGAUUGUAUAUUGAAUGUACAUUGUAAUCAGAGUCUUAUUCUUAUAAAACAUGACGUUUAUAAAUACGAAGUUUAGUAAGUAAACGAAGCAAUACGACAGUAUUAACAAUUUCAAAAUCGUAUUCGCAUAAUUAGCUAGCAUGAAAAUUUAAGGUACGUUCGAAAUAAAUUAUUUAUUGAAUUUAUGGUCGCGGUGCGUUCAAAGAUUGAAACGCUAGCUAAGGACCAAAUGUCUGGAACACGUACUAGUACAUAGCGAGAAAAAUAUUUUUUCUGCAAAAAGAUUACAUUUUACUAAGGUAAAUGUAUCAUAGCGCUUUACAAUUUAUCCAAGAGCCAAAGAAUUCACUAUUUUUGGGAACUCAAGUUCCAACUUGAACGUCGAUCGUUCAAUUUUAGACAAUUCGUUUCACUUUUAUCUUAGGAAUAAAGACCUCGCACGCGGAUCGCUUUUAACCCUUUCACUGCAUUAUAUAAUAUUCGAAACUGAAUUAGCUUGACUUUGUAGGAGAAAUUUAUUCAAUUCUUUCAUACUGUUUCUGUAGACAUUAUUCUUCUAAUGGAUAUAUGAAAGCUUGAUUAAUGCGUACUUUGCAGUGAAAGGAUUAAAGAAAAAGAAUAGGGAACUAUAUAUUUGUAAAAGAUUAGCGCAUCCAGAUCGAGAAUCGUAGACCGUGCCUACCUUGUUCGAGCAUCAAUUGUACAACGCAUUUAGGCUUUUCUUGGUUUAGGAGAGGGAGGAAGGUUUCAUCGUUUUUUAAUUAGAACCCUUGUAGAUUCUAAGAGCCUACAAAGUGAGAGAACAUUUCUUCCUACACUUUUCCUUGACUAAAAGAAGCCUAAGUUAUACACGACAAACAACGAGAUAACAGAGAUCGUUAUGCUCAAUUACCUUACACGGAGAUCGUGCAAAAAACAAGUGUUCGCAACGAAUGAAAGUUGUCUCGUUACACACUAAAGUGCACAGAGUAAUGACACCCCGUCACUUCACGAGACGGUAAUUUCACUUUUCUUGGGUUGCACGUAUGUCAAAUGUGAAACAGAAAUAAAUUAUACAAGAAUCAUUGUA